GUCUGCGCAUUGAGACUACCUUUUUGAUAGCUUUUGUUUCUCAUGUUUAUGCUACGUGCACCUCAGAUCUUUCAUAUUUUCCCGACCUGAGAACGCCCUGUACCGGACGUAACAGUAUGAGCCACGGUUUGCAAAGAUGAGUGGACUUGCAAUGCAGUCUACACAGCUUCGUAUGGGCGAAGGCGCUGGUGCUGGAGCAGGCGCCGGGCCGGGACUGGCACCCGCGUCAUCGGGCGCGCCCGGCCUGGGUAUCGAAGCCCUUUAUAACAAUCCAAUGUUUGCUGGAGGACUGGGCCUUGCUGGCAUCGGGGCAGCGGCCGCAGUUGCGCGUCGUGGAGUCAUUAGGGGGGCUCAGCUGUUGCGAAAAAAUUUGCUCGUCAACGUCGAGAUCAGCAGACGCGACCCCUCGUAUCCCUGGGUUCUGGCAUGGCUGUCACAGCCCAGGCCCGCCCAUGGCUUUCUCAUGUCGAAACUCACCCGCAUUCGUGAUCUCUCGGUCGCUACUGCCACUGAAUCAUCCAGAACGGAUCCGCUUGGCGCCAGCGACGAUGCAACAAGGGCUAGCUUCUUCCUGCAGCCCGGCUACGGGCGCCACAUUAUCCGCCACUCAGACGGUACCUACAUUGCCGUGCAUCGCGAGAAGCAGUCAACCGCCAAUCACCAGACUGGAGAACCUCACGAGACCGUCACCCUGACUACGCUCUGGUCACAUCGCCAUGUCUUUGAGCAUGUCUUUUCGGAGGCUCACGCCCUAGCCAAGAGCGCACAGGCUGGCAAGACGCCGGUCUACAACAUUCAAGGGAUGUCCUGGGCGCAGCUGGGCCUCCCACGCCGGAAGAGGCCGCUCGCGUCAGUGGUGUUUGAAAAGGGCCUCAAAGAGGCCAUUGUCGAAGACGUGCAAGAUUUUCUCUCUCGGCACCAGUGGUACGCCGACCGUGGGAUACCCUACCGCCGCACAUAUUUGCUGCAUGGCCCGCCCGGAAGCGGCAAAUCAUCCUUCAUUCAUGCGCUCGCUGGCGAAUUGGACUACAACCUGGCAAUUGUCAACCUGGUCGAGCGAGGUCUCACUGAUGAUAAGCUGGCAAACAUGCUCAUGAGAUUACCGCCACGCUCGAUCCUGCUGCUCGAGGAUGUUGACGUCGCCUUCGGAAAUCGGCAGGAGAUGUCGCCGGAUGGGUACAGCGGGGCCACAGUGACAUACUCUGGCCUUCUCAAUGUUUUAGACGGUAUGGCGGCUGGCGAAGAUCGCAUUGCAUUUUUGACCACCAAUUACGUCGAACGAUUAGACCCAGCCCUAAUCCGACCGGGCAGAGUCGAUGUCAAAGUUCGCGUCGGCGAGGCCACACCUGAACAAGCGGCUGAGCUUUGGUCCAGGUUCUAUGGUGACGUUGACACGUCGGGCAGCGGCCGGGAGAGAUUCAUCGCCAAACUCUACAAACUCGGCUUCUUCGCCGAGCCAGCCGAGGGCCGGAUGACCCUACGUGUGAGUGCUGCUGCUAUACAAGGGCUCUUUCUAACCAACAAGGAGGACAUGGAGGGAGCUAUAUCCCACAUGGAGGCACAUCUAAUCCCUGGACAUUCUCAUCAUGGUUCGGAGCUCCACAGAACGACGGCGCAGUAAAAAGUAGACGGAGAGAGACCGGGACCUGAAUGAUCCAAUGAAGAUACUGACAAUACGCCGUUGUUGCAUUACGUGUAAAGAAAGCAUCACGAUUGUACAUCAGUCUCAUUUCGAUGUAAGAUGGAGCAAGCAUCAGCCAUAAAUGUAUACUAGUUAGAAGCAAUGGAACUUAUCAGCGAGAUACAAAUGAGGACAAAAAAGAAUAAAAUACUGGGCGGUUAUAUGUUAUAUCUAGGUUACCUUGAACUCAAUACCGACCAAGGACUUUCCAGACCA